UCCCUCCCCUCCCCUCCAUCCGGCCAUCUCACUCCCCUGCCUCGGCCUCCGGCGCCCAGCCCUCUCCUUCGCGGUUCCGCCAGGCGCCAGGCCACCAGUCCGCCUCCGGCCUCCCAAGCGUGGCGGCAGCCGGCAGCCGGCAGCGCCCUCCAGGCUCCAGCCACCGUCCUCGCGCCUCCCCGGCGCGGCGGCAGCACCAUCCAGCAGUCCGGCCUCCGUUCCUCAACAGCCACAAUCUAGCAAAGGCUAAUGGAUCGAGGUUGGAUGAGUAAACCAAGAUCAACUACUGAUUAUAAAUAAGGUGUCGAGCAAUUUCUAUCUUUUGCCUUCCAUGAUGUUCCACUCGGUGAUAAAAUUCUCUGUCCCUGUGUAAAUUGUGGAAAUAAGGCAACGCAGAAUUACGACAAAGUGAAAACCCACCUAAGAUGUGAUGGUAUUCUUCAGGGUUAUACAAAAUGGGUUUGCCAUGGAGAAGAGUAUGAUUCACCGUCAUUUGCAUUUGCUCCCAUGUCAAAUAACAACAACAAUUUUCAUAUUCCGGGUUUUCCAGUGAAUUCUGAUGUAGAAGGCAGUAAUAGAAGAUUGCAUGACAUUUCUGGGCUCUUAAGUGCCAUUUUCCCCAUGGCUGACAGCUUCCAAUCACUAUCAAGCGCAUCUGAUGGGGAACUAGAUGGUGUUCAGUCUGAAUUUGAGAACUUGGAACCUGGUAUGGCUGAGAAUGUCAAUACAACAUCUGCAGAUGAUGAUGCAAUGAGAGAACAAGACAUAUACGCUAGUUUCCUCGAGGAAGCAAACACAGAUUUAUACCCUGGAUGUGCAACAUAUUCGAGGUUGUCAUUUCUUGUCACUUUAUAUCACAUGAAAGUCUUGCAUGGAUGGUCACAGGAAUCAUUCACACAGCUACUUGGUGUAUUAUCGGUUGCAUUUCCUCAGAUAAACCUACCCAAGAAAUAUUAUGAGGUGAAAAAAAGCAUACGCGGAUUAGGGCUGGGCUAUGAGAAAAUUCAUGCAUGCCCAAGAGACUGCAUGCUUUUUAGAGGCAAAAGAGCUAACCAGGAGUCUUGCCAUGUGUGUGGUGCCUCUCGUUGGGUUACCAAUGAAAAUGAGAAGAAAGAUUCGGCAACUGAAUCUAAAAAGAAGAAGAAGAAGAAGAAGAAGAAGAAGAAGAAGAAGAAGAAACCAGCCAAGGUGUUGCGAUAUUUCCCAUUGAUUCCAAGGCUCCAAAGGUUAUUUGCAACCAACAAGACAUCAACUGACAUGCGUUGGCAUGAUGAGGGUCGUACAAAAGAUGGAUUGCUGCGAUGUCCAGCUGAUGGAGAGGCUUGGAAAGAUCUUGAUGCCAGAUAUCCUGAAUUCGCUGAGGAUCCCCGUAAUGCGCGGCUAGGCGUUGGGUCUGAUGGCUUUAAUCCUUUCCGACUCAUGAGUGCAAAACAUAGUACUUGGCCAGUGAUGCUUAUUCCAUACAACCUACCACCUUGGAUCUGCAUGAAGCAAACAUCUCUAAUUUUAUCAAUGAUUAUUCCUGGACCAAGUUCCCCUGGCAAUGAUAUUGAUGUAUAUUUGCAGCCGUUGGUGGAUGAGCUGCAACAACUUUGGAAGGGUGUGGACACUUUUGAUUCAUGUACCCAGGAGAAAUUUUCUCUUUGAGCUGCACUAUUAUGGACUUUGAAUGAUUUUCCAGCAUUAGCUUACCUCUAUGGGUGGAGCACGAGCGGUAAAUAUGCUUGCCCGUCUUGUGGUCCUUUCACAAGAUCAUAUUGGCUAAAGAAGAGUAAGAAAUUUUGUUAUAUGGGUCAUCGCCGAUGGCUAACACAGAAUCAUGUAUUUCGGAGACGAAAGAAGGAGUUUGAUAACACCAAAGAGAUGGAACUUGCACCUAUAACAAUGAGUGGUAGCUCAGCUUUGAGAAUGUUGUAGGGCAGAGUGUUUGUCUUAGGAAAAAAGGUUGUUGCGGCAAAGAAAGGGAAAGGGAAAAAGAAGGGCAAAGACAGUGAAAAAGGAAUUGAAGGUUCUGAAAAACAGAAGCGUAAAAGAGCGCCUAACAAGAAAUCAGGUAACGUCGCACGUAAACCUGAAAAGAAGCCUGAGGAUUGUUUCAAAAAGAAGUCGAUAUUCUUUGAUUUGGAAUACUGGGAGCACAACAAGUUAAGGCACAAUCUAGAUGUAAUGCAUAUUGAGAAAAAUGUCUUUGAAAAUUUAAUUGGAACCUUACUGGAUGUUGAUUCUAAAACAAAGGAUGGCCUUAAUGCAUGACUUGACUUAGGAGAAAUUGGAAUUCGAUCUAGCCUUCAACCUCAUGAAGGUGAUAAGGGUAAAACUGAAUUGCCGCAUGCACCUUUUAAUAUGUAUAAAGAAAAGAAGGAGAUUCUUUGUA